AGAGCACGAGUAGGAGUACACCUGCUCAACGCUUCAUAUUGAACGUUGAAAGGUGGUUUUUCACAACGCCUACUUUUCUUGGAGUGUUAGCUAGAACUAACCCAACAUCAUGCCUAGUUCCUCGAGUACGUCUAACGCGGUCCCCGCGACCCCCGCGGUAGACAAGCGGAAGCGCAAGACAACCUCCCACGACGACACGAUCACCUCCGGUGCUGGUGCAGCCACGACGGGUAGUAAGAAACAGAAACAGCAGCAGAGCACCAGCAACGCAGGGACAACUGGGACAUCUUCUGCAACCACGCAGGGGAACAACAGAGAAAACAAGCAGCAGUCUAAAGCCACAACCUCUGCUGGUGGUGCGGCCGUGGCGGGAACUACACACGGGCACAAGAACAGUAAUAAGCAGGCGCAGAUGCACCAGCAGCAGCAGCAGAACAUGGAUAAUUUUCUGAACAACGACAUCAACCUGCAGCACGAGCUGGCCACCGUCUCCGCGCCCGAUCCCAUCGCCUUGUUGCCCCAGUUGGCAGACGAGUUCCAGCGGUCGAACGGGAAUGCGGGCAAACAGGGCGGCACGGUGAAGUUUACCAACGCGGACAUCAAGGAACUCCGGACCAGCGGGUUCACCACCAUUGACUCGCUUCACUACCCACCCAUGCGGAAGUUGCUCGCGAUCCGGGGCAUUUCCGAACAGAAAGCGGAGUUGCUGUGCAAGAUCGGCCGCCAGUGCGCCAACUCGAGUUCCUCUUCUCGGCUGGAGUUUCAGUCGGCGCAGGACCACCUGGUCCAGGUGCGGCAGCAGUUUGUGAAGAAGAUUUCGACCGGCUCGAGCAAGCUGGACGCGCUGUUGCAGGGCGGCAUUGAGACCUCGUCGAUCACGGAGAUCUUCGGCGAGUUUCGGUCGGGCAAGACCCAGCUGGUGCACACCUUGUGCGUGAUGGCCCAAUUCCCCGUCGACCAGGGGGGCUGCGAGGGAAAAGUCUGCUUCAUCGAUACCGAGGGCACCUUCCGUCCGGAGCGGCUGCAGCAGGUGGCCGAACGGUUCGAGGUCGACAAGAACGACGUGCUGGAUAACGUGGUGGUUUGCCGGGCGCACAACACGGAGCACCAAACGCAGUUGCUGACGGAGGCCGCGAUUCUGAUGGCCGAGCAGAAGUUCGGCCUGUUGGUGGUCGACUCCGUGACGAACCUCUACCGGACUGAGUACUCCGGGCGCGGUGAACUGGCGGACCGGCAGCAGCACCUGGGCCGCUUUCUGCGGUACAUCCAGCGGUUGGCGGACGAAUUUGGCAUCGCGGUGGUCUUGACAAACCAGGUAUAAAUGUGAUGACUUGUUGAAGCGCUGUUUGCAUUGUUUCUCAUGGGAGGAAGCAGGAGAUCAGAUCUCUUGCUAGACCUCUGUUUUGUGAUGCACAAACGAACCGUGUGCUGGCAGCGACGGACUGAGAUCUUUGUCAUGGAUGCUUAGACACAAUUGCAAGCAUUAGCAUUGACUAAGACGCGAUCGUGAGAUGAACAACCACUAAAAAAUCAGGUCUGUGCGAAAGUCGACGGCACGGCAGCUUACGGUCCGAGUCACUGCCCGAUCGGAGGGCACUAUCCCACGAGAAAACUGUUUCCCUGUAACGAUCAUUUUGCACUUUCACUUUCAGCAUGAUCACAAUAAGUUUGUGACACACGACAAAGAAAAAAGUCCGCCAUGCGUCCUUUCCAAGGGACGAAAUCAACGCGGAUAAGGAUGAUCCCGUGGUGUCGUGUAUCAAUGUCUACUAGCAAGACAAAUACGACUUGUGUAGGGCGUAAUACUUUGUCCAUCACAACAAGUCUGCACAGGGAAGUAGCAGUUUUUCCUCGUGAUAGCCACGUGUUGGCGCAUGCGUGUCAGACCCGGCUGUCCUUGCGGAAGGGGAAAGCGGAGGGACGGUUAUGCGAGUACACAACUACUUUUCCUCUCUCUCAUUUUUGUCAUGCGGAAGCUACAUUUCUGUAGAUUGUUUCUGUUGCUGUCCAUGUCAUGACACUUAAGUACAAAUGAAAGGCAGGGGAAGUAGAAGUUGUGCAGUCUCAUAAAGGUUCUGCAAAAUCUACGACUCACCCCACCUGCCCGAAGGGGAAGCGCCGUUUGUGAUCAGUGAGGGGGGAGUGGCGGACGACUAAGUCAACAGCAUGUUGGGGGAUUUGUUUACAGAGAUACGACUUCAAAGUUCUGUAUCUGUGGAGCUUUUCUAUGGUUUUUGACUCGUUGAGUUAAGUGUGCCAGGUGCAGAUCGUGAUAUACCUUCCUAGAAAAUCAACAUUUUUAUCUCGUGUUUCGUUUUUCUUUAUUUUAUUGCCAAGAACUCACUUGUUCAUCAGCGAAAAAGAAAGUCGUUCGUUAUGACAGCCAAGAAAAUGAAAUGCACCAGAAACGAGAAAUCAUUGUCGUUUAUUGUCAUCCUACUUUUCAGUCUUGUUGAGCUUGAUUUUGUCUUCGUCCUGGAUCUACUUUUCACUCUUGUACGAUCUUGAUAGAGCUAGAUUUUGGUACGCGGAAAAUCAAAUGGCUUCAUCGCACCACCUGAAUUUGCAAUGCUGAUUGCCUAUCAGUAUACACAGAGUUUCUAUAAAAAUAUUCUUAGAUGUUAUUGUUUGACUCGCCUCGGAUUCAGUAGGAUUUCGUCUUCUUCUUGGCGUUGCCACUUCACAAUUCAAACACUCACUGUGUAGACGAGCUUAUUUCAAUUUCCUUCUACUAGUAGGUGUAGGAUGGGGAAAGACUAUUGCAAUCAUGUGUUGUGGCACAACCCUGAAGACUUGAGCUGCACUUGCCUUUGUCGUGAGGAGCUUGUCUAGAUUUAUUUUCACGACACGGGGCAGAGGACAAUUUGAAUUUUCCGGAGCUCCUGUGUCAUCUCUGAUGCAAACUCGGAACCAGAACUUCCUCCGCUUCGUGUGAUAGACUUGAGAUUUUUGUCUACAAAAAUGAUUUUCAAGCUUUUCGAAGUUUCUUGAACUUUUGCAACUUAUGCCCGAUUGUCUUUGACGAUCAACCACAGUAGGGAU